AUGUUCCAGAGGUGGUCUCAGUGGGCUCUGCAGUGUCAGGGCUAUUCAGUUAAGUCGUUUGUGUUCACCGGGUUGCCUUUGACUGUAGGGCGGUUUUACGUCCUUGGCUUCUAUUAUGAAACCAAAUACAUUGUGCUCAGCUACCUGCGACUGCCCCCCGCCAGGUCCCAUGCACUGCUCAGCACUCAGGGAGAUUCCCAAAUGGAAAGACAGAGAACAGAUGAGAUGAAUGAACAAGUAGAGGAAGAGUUGAGAAAACUUGAAGAUGAGAUUGCUUUUUCCGCCUCUAGCUCAGGUUUCGACCGACACACAUCUUUAGUCUUCACUCCCACAAAUCCGGAGGGCUCUAUUGAAGACUGUCUUGCUGCUCUUGGAGAUGAAGUGGCUGUUGACCUGGAUCCAUAUCUUUCUUCUGCUGUGGACACACUCCUCAUGGGGCCACUGGACUAUGCAAGCUUCAGACAAACCAAUCUUGACCUUUCUCUGCAUACACAAGGAGGCUGGCAAAAGGUUUUAGUACCAUUAGUGCUUAUUCAAGCUUUACAAGCUAAGAACCAGGGUUUGUCAAGUUUGCUGCCACUUGCUGUGGAGUUCCUCAAGGAAAAUGAGGCUGAAUACAUCAUCCAGCAAGGGGGAUGGGGUAAGGUUUUUAGCCUUUUACCAGAGGAGGAGCGAGGUGUGGCCAUCGCAGAGGACAGUAACGACAUUUACAUCCUCUCAGGAGACCAACAUCAAGACCAGCUCAGCCCUCCGUCCUCUCUGGUGUGCACAGAGGGCAACAGCAGUGGACACAGCUCCUGGCAAACUGAAAGUCUUCCUGUGUCACUAGCUGCUCACGAGUCCUGGGCGCAAGUCGCUGCUAUGGACCCUGAAGAUGCCAAAAGCCUGGACAGUAAUGAAGGUGUAGCCUUAGCUGAAGAACGUAGUGAAAAUAACUCAUCAAAUUCGGACAUUGUUCAUGUGGACCGUGAGGAGGCUGAGCUUCUGGAGGCUGGUGAAGGGGGAGCUAUAGAGGAGAGCAUGAUUAGUGUCCUUGGCACAGAGAGUGAUUUAGCUGCACUCAGGGAAGAGUACAGGGAGCAGACGCCACCAAUUCCAACAUCAUACGAUUCUGCAGAACCAGCUUCACUGGUGUCGCUGGAAGAACCUGUAGUAAUCGAGACUGCACCAAGUAUAUCUUCUGAGCCUUCCCUCAUCUCCUUAGAGGAGCUACCUGUGGCUUCAGAGGCUGUGGCUUCCCCCAAAGAACUUCCACCUGUUUCUGCUUCACCAGAGUUUGAGUCUGUCCUAGUGUCCGAGGAGCCCACUGCGGAAGCCAAUGAACCUCUCAUUGAAAGUAUCCCAGCUCCAGAAGUGAAGGCUAGUUCUGAAGAACCUGUUGCAACAGAUCCAGAAUCUGCUGAAAGGCCUCCUGUGUCAGAGCUGGAGGAGCCCUUUUCCCCAUCUGUGCAUGUGACUGAAGACCUGGUCCAGCCCCCUGAUGCUCCUCCUCAGGGACCAUCUGCUGAGCACCCAGUGGACACUGAGCCCAAAUCUGAUUUCCCAGUCCUGCUUUAUGGGGGUGCUGCUUUGGCAGUCGUCACAGCAAUCAUGGCUUAUGGUUUAAUUUCAUACAGAAGAAAGUAG